AUGGAGGCAAAAAAAUGCAUGGAGGAGAUCCAGGCUGAAAUUGACAGAGAUCGGAUAAGCGACUCAAUUUAUGCAAAAGAAGUUGAUGCAAAGACCAGAAACCUGAAGGCCAUGCAAAAUUAUGAGAAAUUGUGGGCUGAAAAAUCUCGUUCUAGAUGGAGGGAUCAAGGAGAUAGAUGCUCAAAACUUUUUCACAUCUCAGUGAAGAUGCAGCGAAUGAAGAACUCUAUUAAAUCUCUGAAGAUGGAUGAUGGGACCCUGAUCUCUGAUAAAGCGCAGAUCAAGGAAUACGUCACGGAUAUUAUGAGCUUUUUCACAAAGAUCUCUUGGAUCCAUCAAAUCCUUACUUCUGCCAGAAUAUCAGUUCUGCUAAAUGGUGGCCCUGUUGGAUACUUUGGUGUGGAGAAGGGUCUGAGACAAGGAGAUCCGAUCUCGUCGAUGCUGUUUAUAAUUGCUGAAGAGGUUCUUUGUAGAGGCUUAUCUGAGCUCCUAGCCAAUAAUAGCAUUAAAGCUCUAUCGAGUCCCCGUGGUGCUAUUAUCCCUACACAUAUUCUAUUUGCCGAUGACGUAUUUAUCUUCUCAAAUGCAUCCAUCAGAAAGCAAGCCAUUGCAGAAGAGCUUGGUAUCUCCAUUUGUCACUUCCCCACCCGCUAUUUGGGGGUCGAGAUCUUUAAGGGAAGGGUGAAAAAGGAGUCGCUAAUCCCCAUUAUGGAUAAAGUUAAAGGACGGCUAGCAGGAUGA